UUUAUGAUUUAAAAUUGGGUGCUUUCAAGAUUGUCCAAACAGAAACGUCAAAACAACGAAAAUAAAGAAAAGGGCCCACAGGAAAAAAUGUGGUUAACCGAAGUGUUAUGAUAUAUUUAAAGGAUAAAUAAGAAUGUUUUAUACAAGCCCUAUAAGUUUCCAGAAAAUCAACCAAUCAAUUGUCUGCAGGGACAGGGCAAAAUGCAGUAUUGGGUUAUUCUAGAAAACAAGUGAUAAAAACUCUGAUAUGCCAUAGGAUGAGCAGUGGAGGUGGCCAUUUAUGGCGUCGCAGGAAUGGCACAGCUUGGGUCCGAGCUGGUCUGAUAAUAUUCAUAGUAUUUUUCAUUUGGCUUCAGUUAAAUUUUCUAAAUUUUUCAACUCCAACACCAACGUACACAGAAGUGAACGAUUCAACCGCUGCUAUUCUUAGCAUGGUACCUGCUGUAUUGCACAAAUUUUUAUCACCAAAACCAAAAAAUUUCUCGAAUUCAGGAAAUGGUAGCUAUAACUCGUACAUCUACAAAUAUACACCAAAUAUCUCAGAAAUCAAACGAUACAUCGCACAAUACAACUUACAGCAAACCGUUCACAACGAAAAUAUUUUUGAGCCUCUACAAAAUGAUUCCAUCGUUAUUGUUAUUCAGAUCCACAAUCGAAUUACGUAUCUUCGCCAUCUUAUAGUGAGUUUAGCACAAGCUCGUGGUAUAUCACAAACAUUACUCGUAUUUUCACACGAUUACUAUGAUGAGGAAAUGAACAGUCUAGUCCAAAGUAUAGAUUUUUGCAAAGUGAUACAAAUUUUUUACCCGUAUUCUAUACAAACACAUCCACAUGAAUUUCCCGGCGAAGACCCUGGAGAUUGCCCUAGGGAUAUGAAACGAGAAUUAGCAUUAAUAAAAAAAUGCAACAACGCCUUAUACCCAGACCUAUACGGUCACUAUAGAGAAGCUAAAUUCACCCAAACUAAGCACCACUGGUGGUGGAAGGCAAACAGAGUCUUUAGCCAGUUAGAAGUGACGCGUAAUCAUACUGGGCUUGUGCUUUUUCUUGAAGAAGAUCACUACGUUGCAGAAGAUUUCAUACAUAUGCUGAAACUCAUGCAAAGAACAUACAAAGAGUCUUGUAGGCAUUGUAAUAUAUUGUCAUUAGGUACCUAUAUGAAGAUUUACAACUAUUAUGGGGACUCUAAAAAGGUUGAAAUAUCACCUUGGAUAGGAAGCAAACACAACAUGGGUAUGGCUUUCAAUCGUUCAACUUGGAUGCAAAUUGUGGAAUGCGCGUCAUAUUUUUGUAAAUACGACGAUUAUAACUGGGACUGGUCUCUGCAGCAUACGUCACAAAAUUGUUUAAAGCAAAAGCUACAUGUCAUGGUAGCUAGAGCCCCUAGGGUAUUUCAUUUCGGUGAAUGUGGUGUUCACCAUAAAAAGAACAACUGCGAAUCAACGGCUGUAAUAUCGAAAGUGCAGCAGGUAUUAAAAUCAGCGAAAAGACAUUUAUAUCCAGACUAUCUUAUUCUAACAUACUCAACUGUAUUGAAGAAAACAAAACUACGUAAAGGUAACGGAGGUUGGGGUGAUAGAAGAGACCAUAAACUUUGUAUGGGCAUGACUAUAAGAUAGCAAUUUUUUACAUGACUCGGAUGAAAUUUUUGUGUUGAAAUUUGUUUGUUUUUAAUUUUUUGUUGUUUUGAAAUGCUGAGAUGGAAGAUGCCGCGGGAGUUCAUGGUAUUUAGUCAUUUACCAACAUAAAAAUAAAUUUACCAUUAAACGUUCUGGGGUAUUUUUGGAGGUAUAAAAAUCAAGAAUGUGGUAAACAAGUAAAUCAUUAUACCAUUGCCAUAUUAAGUUAAAAAAUACAAUACCUUUUAUUGAAAAUUUAUCAUCAGAUGUGCGGAUAUUUCCUCUACACUUCUGAUAACUGUGGUGACCAUGCAAUAUCACCAAAGGGAGCCAUAAACUUUUGUGAAAACAGCUCCGGAAUUUGGUUUAUAGUUGACUUUCCAGUGUACAAAGACUGGAAUUUUGCACACAAUUCUUUCUGAGCUGGUGUAUAUCAUGAUUUUUUGUAAUGCAUAAUUUAUCGAUACGUCUUUCGCAUUAUAGAAAAUGACCCGACUACUUACUUUGGUCAUAUUGCAUGGCCACCACGAUCACCAUAUUUGAUACUCAUUGGCUCUUCCUGCGGCGUAUUCUAAAAACAAAGCAUACGUUAAUAGGAGAUCUGUAAAUUAAGUGAUGAUACUGUUUUUUUUUUAAUUCUUGUAUUUAAAUAUACAACUGGCAACGCUAUAUUCCCAAUCUCAUCAUUUAAUUUUGCAGACCUCUUAUGUAGUAACAUUUGAUACUGAUACAAAUUCAGAAAACAACAUAUAACUUAAAAUGUCACUGCUUGUCCACAGUCGUUAGACGUUUGCUGUUUACCGUUGAGUUAUGAUUGUUUACAAGAAAAGAGUUCUUACUCAAUAUUUAUUCCAUAUAUUUAUCACUAACUGUCAUCUCUGAUUUUGUGAACUGAAUACACUGCAGUAUAUGGUUAAAUCGGUUUGAAAACCAUUGUAACCAGAACCUUUGAAAUGUGAUAUCUUUUCUUGUAAAUGUUGUUGGGACUUGUUAAUUUUUUGUUUGACCUUUAAGUUUGAUUCUAUAAUAAUCUGACGUCAGCCAUUGGGAAGUUGAUGUAUCCCUUCCUCGAAUUUUGUAAAAGGGAAAGAAUUUAUUGUGAUCUCUUAUUGUGUAGUUGAUAUUUGAUAACUGGAAUUGUAUUGAUAUACACUACUCAAAAAAUUAAGGGAGCAAGGAAAAAAUCCAAAUUUUUCGGUGAUCUUUGACAGGCUGUGUUUCAGUGAAAAAUGGUCUUAUCUAGACUUUAAAAAGUUACAUUUUAAAGCUUCUAUUUUUCAGGUUUUUUCAGCCGAAACAUUUUAGAAGCACGGUUCUCAUGCAAUCCUAACAGAUAGCUCAAGGAUUUUUUUUUCAAAAUUUUUGUCUUCCACAGGCUUGAAAAAAUGUUUCUUGAUAAUCCGUCUUUUAAGCUUCAAUAUUCUGUUUCUAAAGUUUCCAUACGAUCAUUUGGCGUCGAGAUAUCUGACUUCAAAUGAAAAAGGAUCCUUUUGUAAUCGACAACUGAUACGAGGGUUGUUUCAAAAAUAGGGUUCCCUACUUUUUUUUCAGCCACAAGGAAUUUUUAUUUGAAAAAACGAAUUCACCACUGGAAACGUUGAUAUUUAAGCUAUUUUUCUCCAUAGUCACCAUUUUUUUCUACGCAUUUUUUAGACGUGAAAUCCACUUUUGCACUCCCGCCUCGAGAAAGUCCACUGCUACCCCUUUUAGAAACUUGGUAACUGCUUCUUGCAACUCCUCGUCCGUCUCAAACCGUUGACCGCCUUGGUGCUCCUUUAAUUUCGGAAACGUUGUGUCAAUACUGUAAGGGGAUGGGCAAUGACUUCCCAGCCAAAUCACACGAUGAAGUUCUUCGUUUGUUGUGAGACAUGAGGAUGCGCAUCGUUGUGGUGCAGUCCUACGCUUAAGAAAGUCAAAUGUUACUUUUUGUCUUGUUUUGGUAAAUCAGAAUGCUUUUUUUAAAGUCUAUAUACGGCCAUUUUUCACCGAAAUACAACCUGUCCAAAAUCACUGAAAACUUUUUCCUUACUUGCUUAAUUUUUCUGGUAGUGGUUUUUGUCAACCAAAAUGGUUUACAUGCACCUUUAAAACUGUACCUAGUCUAGUCAAAAUGGUACUUUCUCCAAAGAUAUCUUUCAAAUAGUAUUGAUUCAACUUUCACAGUUCCAAAAAAUCCCAGGUGCAUAGAAAUGUUUUUGGGUUGACUUUGUUUUUCUAUUAGACACUAG